CAGGAGGCGGGGGCUGCCGUUCCGGACCUGCGGAGCCGGGGCUCGGCGCCAGGGAUGGGGUGGAGCGCUGCCUCUCUGAGCUAUCUGCCGGGCCGGGGAAGGGCGAAGGCUGUGAUUCUCGGAGCCGCGCCCACUCUCUUACCACUCUUCUCCCGGAACCUUCGCAGCCAGUCGCGGGAGGAGGCGCGGAGAGGGAGGCCCGUCGGGUCUGGGAACCUGGAGUCCAGGUUUCCGAGGAGGGGAGGGAGCGGGGCGGAGGUGGGCCCCCCGCGGGAUGUGGUCUGCACUUGCAGCCGGAGCGCUCCAUUCAAGCCCAAGCCUGCUGUGGGUCCGCCACUCUCCACGAGUUCAGCCAUGUGGGCUCCCGGCCACCGUCACCUCUGUCUGAUCUUCCUGCUAACCUGUGUUUUUGCCUGCGUCUUCUUCCUCCUCAUCCACCAAAACCUCUUUCACAGUGGCUUAGACCUGUUCCUGCUGUGUCCAGACCGUAGCCGGGUGAGCUCCCCCGUGGCCAUCCUUUGCCUGUCGGGCACACCGAUGAACCCCAAUGCCACCUUUACCUGUCCCAAGCAUCCUGCCUCCAUCCCAGGAACUUGGACUAUCGACCCCAAAGGCCGCUUUGGGAACCAGAUGGGGCAGUACGCCACGCUACUGGCCCUGGCCCAGCUCAAUGGCCGCCAGGCCUUCAUCCAGCCCUCCAUGCACGCCGUCCUGGCCCCCGUGUUCCGCAUCACACUGCCCGUGCUGGCGCCCGAGGUGGACAGACACGCUCCUUGGCAGGAGCUGGAGCUUCAUGACUGGAUGUCGGAGGAGUACGCCCACUUGAAGGAGCCCUGGCUGAAGCUCACGGGCUUCCCCUGCUCCUGGACCUUCUUCCAUCACCUCCGGGACCAGAUCCGCAGCGAGUUCACCCUACACGAGCAUCUGCAGCAGGAGGCGCAGCGUUCACUGAGUGGGCUCCGCUUCCCCCGCACGGGGGGCCGCCCGAGCACCUUCGUGGGUGUCCAUGUGCGCCGCGGGGACUACCUACAGGUGAUGCCCCUCCACUGGAAGGGUGUGGUGGGGGACCGCGCUUACCUCCAACAGGCUAUGGACUGGUUCCGGGCCCGGCACAAAGCCCCCAUCUUUGUGGUCACUAGCAACGGCAUGAAGUGGUGCCGGGAAAACAUUGACACCUCCCGGGGGGAUGUGAUCUUCGCCGGAGACGGGCAGGAGGGUGCGCCCAACAAAGACUUUGCGCUGCUCACACAAUGCAACCACACCAUCAUGACCAUUGGCACCUUUGGCUUCUGGGCUGCCUACCUGGCUGGUGGAGACACCAUCUACCUGGCCAACUUCACCCUGCCUGAUUCCAGCUUCCUGAAGAUCUUUAAACCUGAGGCUGCCUUCCUGCCCGAGUGGGUGGGCAUUAAUGCAGACUUGUCUCCGCUCCAAUGAAGGCUGAGUCUUGAGGAACAGGGAGACUUUCUGAAAUAGCCUGAUCCACUUAGGGCCAAUAGUAUGCAUCUCUGGAAGCCCAGAAGAUUCUAGAGAAGCUUGUGGUCUUGCAGGUGCACACCCAUUUCUAGAGUCAUUCUAGUUGGCUAGACUUGGAGAAAAGGGGCAUGGGUGUUUUCUGCCACUGCUGGAACGUUCUAGAAUCAAUGGAAAACCUUUGCAUGGUGGGUGGCGAUGUCUGGAAAAGUUCAUGGCAGUUCUAGAAGGCAUAGUGCCUACCUGUUCUUCCCAGGCCAUAACCAGAGUACUUCUAUAUCACUGCCCCCAAUAACAGGAAUUCACCAUUCCAGUGUUGACCAUCCUGGCCUUUUUUGAGAAGAGAUAGUUCUCAUCUCUGGGUCAGCAGGACUGAAGGAACUCAUGGGUGUUCUAAUUAGUGAAAAGUGAAAGUGAAGUCACUCAGUCGUGUCCGACUCUUCGAGACCCCAUGGGCUGUAGCCCAGCAGGCUCCUCCAUCCAUGGAAUUUCCCAGGCAAGAGUACUGGAGUAGGGUGCCAUAUACAACCAGUAGAUCAACAGCUCACCACUGCUGGAAAGGUUGAUGGAAGACAAACUUAUCUGUAGCUGGGACAGUGUGUGAGCAAAGUGGAACUUUACUUAACAUUUCAGCCCCUGAAAAACCACAGAUAUGCUAAAGUAUGAGAUGGGAGGGGGAAGGGAUGGUGCUGAAUGCUUCAGCCUAAGGAGUAAGGCUCUGCAAAAAUAUCCGGACACUUAAAAAAAAAAACAAAAAACCUCCAAAACUGCCAAAGGUGGACGUGCACACAUUGCCUCCAAGUUCAGUUUGCUUCUGCCAACUAAAGAAGUUUCCUCCUCCAUAGCUGGGCUGCUGGGAGUGAUGGAGUUGAUUUACUGAGGUGGCUAGUGGUAAAGAAUCUGCUUGCCAAUGCACGAGAUGCAGGAGACUUGGGUUCCAUCCCUGAGUCAGGAUCUCCUGGAGGACGAAAUUGCAACGCACUCCAGUAUUCUUGCCUGGAGAAUUCCAUGAACGGAGGAGCCUGGCAGGCUACAGUCCAUGGGGUCACAAAGAGUUGGACAUGACUGAGUGACUGAGUACACACAGCACACCACUGGCAUAAGGGUGCCUUCUGGGCUUGCAGAAAACGGUGGGCAUUGUGUCCCUUGCCAGCCACUCUCUGUCCCUGAAUUCACAGAACCUCUAAGUCUGGCUUUGCACAAGUGAAGGAUGAAAGACUCAGAAGGUAUACAGACUCCAGACUGCAACCCAGGCAGGAGCACAGGGUCUGGACAAGAGGAUGGGUAUUUUUUUGGCCAUGCAGGACAGCAUGGGGGAUCUUAGUUCUUCAACUAGGGAUGGAACCCGCAACCCCUGCAUUUGAAGCUCAAAGUCUUAACCACUGGACCACCAGGGAAGUCUCAGAGAAUGGAAUCAUUGACUCAGAUUUUUAGAACUUCCAUGAGGCUUUUUGAAAGAAAUGAAGGUAGAUACCUUUAUUACAGAGUUGUCUGAGAAUUUGAGACCUUUUCUAGUUUUCUCGGGGGGUUUUGGGGGACCAGUCCCUACUCGACUACCGUAGGUGGGAGAGAGGGAUGUAUGAAUUAAAAUCCACACCACCAACCAAUCUCUGCAGGUUUUUUGGAGACUUGUGUGCAUGAGGGUGUGUGAGUAGGAGUAAAGGUGUGGAACUUCCGGGGACUUCUCAUUUCUUGGGACAUGAGUUCCUUCUUUUUCGUGCCCUACUUGUGUGAUUUGUGGUCUCAGAGACCCAAUUCCUUCCUCGGAGACUCUCUGCAUUGGCCCCCAGACCUCUUUCCCCUGGGACCCUGGUAUCCAGCCCCACAGGCUGGAGAGAGACGGUGGGGUGGGGCGUGAACAAAGA